GUUUCAUCGAUGUAAGUUGAUGUAAGUACGGAAUCUAUAAUCUAUAAUGUUGUCUUUGUAUCGGCACUCCCUUGUUUAGCAAAUUAAAAAGUAAUAAUCAUGAAUGAAGGUGCUGUUGAGAACAAAUUAGGUAGAGAAACAAUGCAAAGAAAUAGGUGAGAGAAAACCAAGAAGCCCGAUUCGGCAUGUUUUUUACUGUAGACGAAUUCAAAAUGGAGUAUUAGUCAGUCAAUUUGUUUUUGUUUUGUGAUAUUAAGACUACAUCAUUCUGUUUAUGUUCUAUUAAAGUGGGUGCCAAGUGCAGAUAAUAUUGUUUUUUCUAAGUUCAAAAGUGUUCAAAACAAACAAAUCUUUCAGUCUUAUCAACACUAAUACUGGACAUAUGAUCUCUGUGUUAAUUAAGUAACAACAAAUGUAAGGAUGCAUCAUAGACAAAGUAGAUGCCCCUUGCGACCUUGUGGCAUGUUUUCGUCCUUUUUUCCAUGGUGAAAAGCUACGCAAACGGGGCCCUUGCGGCAACUUUGUUGUUGCUUGUGGCCCUGUCAAGCGGUGCUGAUGGAGGUGUGGUUGUAGCACAAUUUCCACCAUCUGGUGAGCCCCAACUCAAAUUUUCUCAUUUGGCUAUCGACCACGAGACAGGAAAUCUUUUUGCUGCUGCUACUAAUCGACUUCUACAGCUAGAUCCAGAUCUUACUCCUGAACACGUUGUUAUUACUGGACCUCGACAUGAUAGCCCUUUAUGUCACGCCACUGGCUGUCAGGGGACUGAUAUUCCGACGACACUAAUGGACAAUCACAACAAAAUUUUGGUGAUAGAUUCACAAUCUCGCACUUUAAUUUCUUGUGGUUCUCUCUCACAAGGUGCUUGUGUUAAGUACGAAUUACAUAAUAUAAGUGCUCCCGAAGUUUUUGUUGCACAAGCCAUAGCUGCAAACGACGAAGCAGCCUCCACGUAUGCGUACAUAGGUCCUAGUAAUUACAACCAUUGGAAGUUGCAAGUUCUCUACGUCGGUACAACGUUUACAAAUAACGGAGAAUACCGUCACGACGUACCGGCAAUUGCCAGUCGAAAUUUGGACAACUUAGAAAUAGCGGAAUUUUCAUUUUUAAAACAAUCUCAACUUAAUAUCGAUGUUAAAUAUCGGGACCAUUUCUUAGUUCAGUAUGUUUAUGGUUUUAACGCGAGUGACUUUGCGUAUUUUGUGAUCGUGCAAAAACAGUCGCAUCUUCCGGGACAAGAGGCCGGUUACGUUUCACGAUUGGCUAGAACUUGUAUUAACGAUGCCAAUUACGACAGUUAUACGGAGGUAACUUUACAGUGUAUUGACGGAAAUCAGAGUUAUAAUCUUAUCCAUGACGCCAAGAUCGCAACUGCUGGUAGUGAGUUAGCGUCAGUUUUAGGAAUUCAAAUAAAUACUCCCGUCUUGGUGGGAGUGUUUCAACCUGCAAAGGGUAUCACGAACGAACCUCAGCCAUAUUCGGCUCUUUGUUUGUAUCCUAUAAAAGACAUCGAGGCGAAGUUUAACGAAAAUAUUCACAUGUGUUUUAACGGUAGUGUAAAGUAUAGAAACAUGGAAUACAUUUCGGGUCCUAUACAAGACGGCAAAUGUCCUAGCGCCGGUAAUGCAGGCAACAUAUUGAACUUUUGCGAGGUGGGGUUAAAAAUCAGUGGAGUUACUCCUAUCGAAACAAAAGCAUCUCUAGUUUUCCCGAAUGUGACUCUGUCUGCUGUGGCCACAGCUACAACAGGAAGGCACGUUCUUGCUUUCUUAGGAACAACUAGUGGACAUGUCAAGAAAGUUUUGCUCUCUGGAACGCAACCGACCGAGUACGAGGAAGUAGUUGUUGAUGAAGGAAAUCCUAUCUUACCUGACACUACACUUUCCCCUUCUGGCGACUUCCUCUACGUUUUAUCUACCUCAAAGAUCACUAAGAUUAAAGUAGAACACUGCAGUAGUUACAACAAUUGUUCUGCUUGCUUGGAAUCGAAAGAUCCUUAUUGUGGUUGGUGUUCUCUGGAGAAAAAAUGUACCAUUCGUAGUGCAUGUCAAAAAGCGUCUCACAGCUCUCCCAGAUGGCUCUCAUUAGGCACAGGACAACAGUGUAUUGAUUUUGAGCAAGUUCUUCCUGACCGUAUCCCUGUUAAGCAAAUGACUACUGUCCGUCUUACAAUAAGAACCUUACCUGAACUUCCCUAUGGUGCUAAAUACAAAUGUGUUUUUGGUCAGUCAGAACCAAUUGACGCGGUUGUUACUGAUUUUGGACUUAUUUGUCCCACUCCUAACAUCAGUAGUAGACCGUUAAUUCCAGAAAAACAGGAUCAUGUUCUUGUUCCUUUGAGUGUUAGAUCAUCAGAGACAAAUAAGGAUUUCGUUUCGAGAAAUUUUGCGUACUACGACUGUUCCAAACAUACAAUUUGUAUGGACUGUGUUAGAUCUCAGUGGGCUUGUAAUUGGUGCAUAUAUGAAAAUAAAUGCACCCAUAACACAUCUACUUGCCAGAGAACUACAGUCAGUGGUGAAAAUAAUCCGUCUAGAUUGCCGAAUCACGGAAUCAAUUUUUGUCCAAGAUUUAAAAGAAGGGAUGUUAUUUUUUUACCUAAUGGAGUUCCUAAAGAGAUGAUUUUUGAAGUUGAAAACUUGCCCCAUCCACAGCCUGGCCACACUGGAUUCCAGUGUAUUGUUAAUAUUGAAGAUGACGCCAAGAUGCUUGUUCCUGCUAGAGUUGAUGCCAACAAUAGAUUUAUAGUUUGCGAUAAAACUACAUAUACAUAUAAGGAAAAGGUAGGAGAAUACAAAGCUAGUGUUCGUGUUAUUUGGAACAGAAAUCACCACAUAGAUUCCAUGAACGUUAUCCUGUACAGAUGUGAUAUAUUAGGUUCUGACUGUUCUUUGUGCGUCACGAGAAAUUCUAAAUAUCAGUGCACUUGGUGUGGAAACACUUGCAGCUACAACGAAACAUGCCAAUUUGUAUCUCAUCCAGAAUGUCCUAAACCAAGAAUAGAUGUUAUUAAGCCAUUAAGUGGUCCAAUAGAAGGUGGCACAUUAGUUACUAUUGAAGGCAGUAAUUUAGGUUUGAGGAAAGAAGAUGUAAUGGGAAAAAUAAAAAUAGGAAAAGUGCCGUGUGAACUUGUAACUUACGAGGUUUCUGUCAAAAUUCAAUGCAUAACAGGAUCGUCCCUUACAGAAAUGACUGCACCGGUAAUAGUGGGGAAUGAAGCAGGAUACACCGAGUCUGCAGUAGAAUUCAGCUACAAGGAUAUUCGGUUGAUAAACGUGUACCCUCGGAUUGGACCUCAGUCGGGAGGUACACAGUUGGCAAUUACUGGUCAAUACUUGAAUAUCGGCACUGUUAUAGUGGCUUACCUCGACAAUUAUGCUUGUCGUGUAAAUUUAACGCAAGCGUCAAGUAGUAGAUUAACUUGUGUAACAUCUCGUGCUUCAAAACCGACAAACAUAGCGCGGCUUACAUUGAGUAUAGAUGGAGCAAAUCGAACACUUGAGGGAAACCCUUUUAAUUACACACAAGAUCCCACAAUAAUGGAAAUAAAACCAUUAAAAAGUUUCGUUUCUGGUGGUCGUAUGAUCUUCGUCCAUGGAAGUAAUCUCAACAGUAUCCAGAAACCAGAAAUGGAAGUUUAUUAUUUCAACGAUCCUGUGCCAGUGAACAAAACUGUUUGUACCGUCCUUAGUUCGACCCAGAUGGAAUGUCCUAGUCCAGCAGUUAAUCGUCAAUUUUUGUUGGCAAGCACUCGAAUUCCGCGUUCUGUACCUAGAAAAAAUUCGGUUGCAAAAACUUUAGAACUUAAUCUUCGUAUAGAAUUUGUUAUGGACGACGUUGUAACAGUACGUGAUUUAGAAAAACAUUUUCCUAAUUUACGUUCUCAGUUGUUGUUCGUGGAAGAUCCGAAAUUUUUCGAAUUCCCGAACCAGGUAAAGCUUUAUAAAGGGGAUACUUUGGUAAUAGAAGGAGAAAAUUUGAACGUAGCCAGCGAUGAGACAGAUGUUGUCGUUACAAUAGGAAGAAAACCCUGCAAUGUCACCAGUUUGGCUUUAACACAACUUGUCUGUUCUCCUCCAGAACAGCAGCCAGAAGAUCUAGAUGAAAAUGGCGUUAAAACUGAUAAGAGUCUUCCGCUAGUUGUUGUCAGAGUUGGAAGAAACCUUCGCUUUCCCAUCGGUUAUUUAAGAUACGACUUAUUAAAACCGUUCACUUUCCCACCAGAAGCUAUAGCAAUGAUAGCAGCCGGAAUAUUCUUAUUUGUUGUAUUUUUUCUGGCUGUACUUGUUAUUUACAGACGAAAAUCUACACAAGCUGAACGUGAAUAUAAACGUAUCCAAAUUCAAAUGGAUACCUUAGAAAGUAACGUGCGCUCUGAAUGUAAACAAGCAUUUGCAGAAUUACAAACAGAUAUGACAGAUUUAACAGCAGAUUUAGAAAAUUCCGGUAUACCUACCCUUGAUCAUAUGAGUUAUAUUAUGAAGGUCUUCUUUCCCGGUGUUAGUGAUCACCCUAUACUGAACGCUCCGAAG